CGGUCAACCAAAUCCCUGGACGAAGCCCUUUCUUCUUCGUCUUCUGGAAGUCCGGAUCCGGAAACCCUAGCUCCGCCAAGUGAUCAUGGAGAAUCUCCGCGCCAUUCUCUUCAUCACAUUGAUUUCUGCACUGUGCCCAAGCUUAACCCGGUCAUUCUCGCCCGAUAACCCGACGGAUCGCCGCAUUCUUGUUCUGAUCGACGACGCGUCCAUCAAGUCAUCACACUCCCUCUUCUUCAAAUCUCUCCAAUCUCGUGGUUUCGAGCUUGAGUUUAAGCUAGCUGAUGAUCCCUCCAUCUUUGUCCAAAGAUAUGGACAGUACAUGUACGAUGGGCUCAUUUUAUUCUCACCAUCUGCUGAAAAAUUCGGAGGGUCGUUGGACUUGGCUGCUGUGCUGGACUUUGUUGACUCGGGUCGAGACUUGAUUCUGGCUGCCGAUGCCAAUGCGUCCGGUUUGAUCCGUAACAUAGCUGCAGAGUGUGGUGUUGAUUUUGAUGAGGAUCCUUCUGCCAUGGUUAUUGAUCAUUCAAGCUAUGCUAUCUCUGAAACUGAGGGAGAUCAUACUCUAAUUGCAUCUGACAGUUUUAUUGAAUCCAAUGUUAUCUUAGGAAGUAGAAAGAUUGAGGCUCCAGUACUAUUCAGAGGGAUUGGUCAUUCAUUAAGUCCUGAUAAUAGCUUGGUCUUUAAAGUCCUUUCAGCUUCGCCUUCAGCAUACUCUGCUAACCCUAAGUCCACAUUGGUAAAGCCUCCAUCUCUUGCUGGGUCUUCCAUCUCAUUGGUUUCAGUAAUGCAGGCUAGAAAUAAUGCUCGCAUUUUGAUAUCUGGCUCUUUAUCAAUGUUCAGUGAUAGAUUUUACAGAUCAGGCGUGCUGAAAGCUGGGAGUUCAACUAAAUUUGAGAAAUCCGGCAAUGAACAGUUUCUUACUGAACUCAGUAAAUGGAUUUUCCACGAAAGGGGUCAUCUGAAGGUCAUCAAUCUGAAGCACCACAAAAUUGAUGAAAAAGAAGAACCUGCAGUGUAUAGGAUCAAAGAUGACCUGGAAUUCUCUGUGGAAAUUUAUGAGUGGUCUGGAAAUAGCUGGGUACCAUAUGUCACUAAUGAUGUUCAGGUGCAGUUCUACAUGAUGAGCCCCUAUGUAUUGAAAACCUUGGCUACCGACCAGAAGGGGCUCUAUCAUACUUCAUUCAAGGUGCCAGAUGUUUAUGGGGUUUUCCAGUUUAAACUUGAGUAUCACCGGCUUGGAUAUACCAGCUUAUCACUUUCAAAGCAGAUUCCAGUACGACCAUUCAGACACAACGAGUACGAGAGAUUCAUAACUACAGCGUACCCUUACUACGGCGCUUCAUUUACCACUAUGGCAGGGUUCUUCAUAUUUAGCUUCGCCUUCCUUUACCACAAGUAGAAAUGAGGCCUUUUUGGAGGUUUACUUUACGGAGCACUUAACGGAUGUUAACUGGAUUUUGUGAAUCCCAUGACGUUAAUUAGAAUGUAUUGUUAAUCUUAUAUUUAAGAGUAAAAUCUCAAAAUGGUAUUCAAUAACUACGUUUUUUUCUCAAAAUAGAACUCGAGAUGAAUUAAUUUCCAAGAUGAUACUCGUUAAUUGAAAACAAUGCCCAAUUUAAUUUCCAAGAUGAUACUCGUUAAAUGUGAAAAUAGAUGUUUAAGAUUGUU